AUGGCGGGCGCGAGGUCCCCGAGCUCCCCGCUGCCCCGCGCCCCGCCGCCUCCGUCGGCGGCGCGGCCCGCGUCGGCUCGCGCCGGCCCGCCCUCCGCGCAGCGCCUGCGCGACGAGGUCGCCCGGUCCCGCGGGGCAGGCGCCGGCCCCCCGCCGGCCGGGGCGUUCGAGGGCCUGCUGCGCACGGCCGAGGACGGGGGGAGGAGGGGGCCCACCCCGGAGCGGCGCAGCCGCAGCGGCGAGGCCGUGGGCCCGCGCGGGGAGGCGGGCGAGGCCGGCCCCGCGUGGGAGCUCGAGGGCUGCUUCGGGCGGGCGCUGAGCGCCGCCGUUGCCGCGGCCCUGGUGCCAGGUGACAUCCUCGCCGCCCCGGACGCGUCCCUCGGAUUCAUCAAGGCCGUGGGCCGCAAAGGGAUCGAGGACGCGGAGGCGAUCAGGCGGACCAUCGCGCAGCGGCUCGACGCGCAGAACAUCGGCGCGAGGCUGGCCGAAGUCAUCGUCGAGCGCGGCGUUGCGCUCGUCGGCAGCGCUGCUGCCUCUGGCGAGGCCCUGAACAGCAAGUUCGCCGCCGAGGGCGGCUUCGAGUUCGACUUCGGCACCAAGACGGACUUUUUCAGUGGCCUGGAGGAGCGGAUCGGCUCUCCCAGCGCGGACAUCCCCAGGGCCAUGGUCGACGACCACUGCAGUCGGUGUGACUCCCAAACGGAGUGGGAGACGGGCAACUACGGCAUCACUACCACGUCCCAGGUCGAAUGGCUUCUUGUGCUGCAGGAUUUGUUUGACCAGCUGAGCGGUGACGGCAGCAAGCUUGGCGCCUCAGACACAGUUCUGCAGGAGUGGCGUAAAGUCGCCAAGAGGCUGGCAGGCCUUGUCUCCGAGCUGCCGCGUCCGCGCCAGUGGCCAGGUGAGACAAUCAACGCUGAGCACCCUCGGUCGAAGAAUCGGCACCGCAUGUGGCUCGCAGGCCUGGCGGACAAGAACAGGGAGCUCCAGGAUGCAGGAGAGAAGUGUGUGCUCCUGGUCGAGGCCAUCGCCAUGUGCCUGUAUACGGGCCCACUGUUUGAAAAGUACAACGCCGUGUGUCGCGGCGGGCCUCUUCGAGGUGAGCCAAGUAAGGUCAUGCGCGAUCGAUUUCUGAGCCUCUGCGGCGGGGGGCCUAGCGCCGAGGCCGCAGACAGGACCGGCAGAGGAGCAGCCGUGAAUCGGUACACGACCACCAUCCACGUCCUGGCGUCCGCGCUGGUGAAGAUCAGCAAGCUGUCCAAGGCGGGUGUGGUCGUCCGUGGAACAGCGGGUGGCCGCCUGCCGAAGCAGUUCUGGGAGGAGGACGCCUUCGGGGUCAGAGGCGGGAUCGAGUACGGCUUCAUGAGCACCACGUCGAAUCGCGAGGUCGCCAUGCAGUACGCGUCGGAUCCGAGGAGGGGGGCAGGCACGAUUUUGGAGAUCCAAACGGGCAUGAUCGACAGAGGUGCUGAUCUGUCGUGGAUCUCCCAGUACCCCCACGAGAGAGAGCUCUGCUUCCCACCGCUGACCAGCCUUCAGGUUCUCGGCACCUCCGUCGAAGGGAUGGUUCUGGUGGUCUCCCUCCGACUCAACCUCAACCUCACGUCCAUGACAAUCGAAGACGUGAUAGGCAAGAGGCGCAAAGUGGCGACGGAGAUGUGCCGUAAUCUGAAGAGCGAGGCGAAGAGGGAGCUGGGGCAGAAGCUGAAGUGCGAGCCGCUGGCGCCGCCUGGCUCGUUGCGGGGCGGCGACUUCGGGGCGGCGAUCCUGCGCCGCCUGCGAAGCGAGCUGGGGCUCAUCUGUGGCAACGAGGCCGACUCGUUCAACGACGACGGCUCGUUCAUUCACUACCUAAGGGACGCGCUGGAGCUGAAGCAGGCGGCCUUGCGGGCCCCAGGGCUGCUGGACGGCGGCUGGGCCGAGCUGGCGGAGGAGGCGCAGGCCGCGGGCCGCACGAUGCGGAGGCUGCUCGCGGAAGAGGGCCCCCGGGAGGCGCAGGCCGCCCUUGAGGCGCUGGAGAGGCUGGGGGCCCUCCAGGGCGAGGCGGCAUCCACGAGCGCAGCGGUCAAGAGCGGCGCCUGCGAGGCACUUGCUUCCUUCGCACACGGCGGGGGCGCGGCGGCGGCCGGCGCCCUGCGCCUGCUGGCCAGGCUCGCCGAGGACCCGGACGAGGGGGUCCGAGCCGCCGCGACCGCGGCGCUGCCGGCCUGCUGCGAGGCGGGCGGCCCGGAGCUCGCCGCGCGGGCCGUGGGGCUGCUGGCGCAGCGCGCCGAAGACGCCUCCGAGCCCGUCCGCGGGGCGGCGUGCGGGGCGCUACGGGCCUGCGGCGCGAGGGGGGGCCCCGAGGCUUCCGGGCGAGCUCUGGAGCUGCUGGCCAGCCUCACCAGGGACCCGAACCACGGCAUCCGCGGGGCAGCCUUCGAGGAGCUAUCGGCCUGGUGCAGCGCGGGCAGCCCUUGGGGAGCUGCGCGGGCCCUGAGGCUGGUGGCCGAGCUCGCGCAGGACCCAGUCGGGCCCGUCCGCAGGGCGGCGCUCAAGGCGCUGCUGGCCUGCUGCGAGGAGGGCAGCUCGGAGCUGGCUGCGCAGGCCGUGGAGCUCAUGCCCGCGGUCGCCAGGCAUUCCGAAUGGCACGUCCGCAAGGCUGUGCCUGCGGCGCUAGCGGCCUGCUGCGAGAAGGGCCGCCCUGAGGUCGCCGCGCGGGCCGUCGCGCUACUGGCGGAGCUGGCCCGAGAUUCCUCCGGGCCAGUCUGCGAGGCGGCGUGCGGGGCGUUGCCGUCUUGCUGCCGAAGUGGUGGCCCGGAGCUGGCCGCGCGGGCCGCGGAGAUGCUCGCAGAACUCGCCACUCAUAGCUCGUUUGGGCACGUCCGCAAGGCGGCGGUCGAGGCAUUGCCAGCCUGCUGCGAAAGGGCUGGGUCCGAGGCCGCCGCGCGUGUCCUGAGGCUCCUGUCCUGCAGCUGGGCCCAGCUGUCGGCAGACGCGCAGGCGGCGAGCACCGCGAUGCGCAGGCUGCGCGCGGCUGAGAGCACCUCGCAGGCGCGGGCGGCCCAGGACGCUCUGGAGAGGCUGGGCGCCAUCCAAGGCAUGUGCAGGUCGUGGGAGGCGACGAUCCGCCUUCGCGCCGCCGAGGAGCUGGGCGCCUUCGCGCGCCGGGGGGGCGCGGCGGCGGCCUGCGCGCUGCAGACCCUCGCCGGGCUCGCGGAAGACUCUGACUGGUCGGUCCGCAGAGCGGCGUGCGAGGCGUUACCUGCCAGCUGCGGCGGGGGCGGCUUGGAGCUGGUCGCGCGUGCCACGGGGCUGCUCUCCCAGCUCGCCGGGGACCCCGACAGGGAUGUCCGCGCGGCAGCGUGCCGCGCGCUCGCGGCCUGCUGCAGGGAGGGCGGCCCGGAGCUCGCCGCGCGCGCCGCGGGGCCGCUGGCCAGACUGGCCGCGGACUCGGACGAGCACGUCCGGAGGGCAGCGUGCGGGGCGCUGCCGGCCAUCUGCGAGGAGGGCGGGGCGGCGGCCGCCGCGUGUGCCGUCGGGGUGCUGGCCCAGCUCGCCGAGGACGAGGCGUGGCUCGUCCGCAGGGCGGCGUGCCUGGCGCUGCCGGCGUGCUGCGGCAACGGCGGCCCGCGCUUCGCCGCGUGGGCCGCGGGGCUGCUGACGCGGCUCGCCGAGGACCGAGACGACGACGUCUGCAGGGCAGCGCGCGGGUCCAUGCUGGCCUUCUGCCGCGAGGAGGGCGAUUCGGGGCCGCGGCAGUAA